AGACGGUCUGACAGAUGAUUGACAGCAGCGCAGCGCAUCGACUGAUUAGUGUGUAUAUAAACUUUGACCAGUGUGUCAGUGUAAUGGCUGCUGUGAUCAAACUCAUUUCACCCUGGAGAUUUCACCGACUAGCCCGAGUGUCAAAGGCUGCAUUGAUCCCCUGUGUUCAGCUGCACAGCACUGGUGCAGUAAUGGGAGCAUCAGUAGAAGAUUUCAACAGAGCUAAGGAUCAGCUUGGCACCUUGAAGAAGGACCCUGGGAAUGAGGUCAAACUCAAGAUCUAUGCACUCUUCAAACAGGCCACUAAGGGUCCCUGCAACACCCCUAAACCCGGCAUGCUUGACUUUGUGAACAAAGCAAAAUGGGAUGCCUGGAAGAGUCUGGGGUCUGUGUCACAGGAAGAGGCCAGGCAGCAGUAUGUGGAGCUCAUCUCGUCUCUGGUGGGAGCUGAAGCCCCUGCAGUGGCACCACAGACAUCUGGAGGCACAAAAAGCUUCCAGACCCUGCUGGUCAGCACAGAGAACAACAUCACCACCAUCCGCCUCAACAGACCUGAGAAGAAAAACGCCAUCACUGUGGAGAUGUACAAUGAGUUGAUUGAAGCUUUGGAUCUGGCUGGAAAAGAUGAUUCUGUCAUUACAGUAAUGACAGGCAAUGGAGAUUACUACUGCAGUGGCAAUGACCUGAACAACUUCACUAAGAUUCCUGAGGGGGGCAUAGAGGAGAUGGCUAAAAAAUCUGGGGAAUUACUGAAGAGGUAUGUGAAGGCGUACAUUGACUUCCCCAAACCUCUGAUUGCUGUUAUAAAUGGGCCGGCGGUGGGUGUGUCAGUUACGCUGUUGGGGCUUUUUGAUGUCGUUUAUGCCACAGAGAGGGCAACGUUUCACACACCUUUCAGUCAGUUGGGUCAGAGCCCAGAGGGCUGCUCUUCAUAUCUGUUCCCUAAAAUAAUGGGUACAGCAAAGGCCAGUGAGAUGCUGUUAUUUAAUAAGAAGCUGACGGCCGUACAGGCCUGUGAACUGGGGCUGGUGACUGAGGUCUUUCCUGAAAACACAUUUCAGUCUGAGGUGUGGACCAGACUAAAGGCCUACGCCAAACUGCCCAGAAACUCUCUGGCCCUGUCGAAGCAGCUGAUCCGCGGGGUGGAGAAAGAGAAACUUCACGCAGUGAACGAUGCAGAGGUGGAGAGACUGGUGGAGCGCUGGCUCUCAGACGAGUGUAUGCAGGCCAUCAUGAGCUUCUUCCAGGCCAAGUCCAAACUGUGAGGAUAACACAGAAAGUUCUAUUCAGUGUCUUUUGAACUACAGUGCAAUAUUCUGCCUUCGUUGAACACAGUUAGUUCCUAAGAUAGAGUCUCCAAAUCAUUCAGGUAAUCUGUAGAGUCCAUGAUUGGAUAGGAGUUUGGGAUUAUGCGUGUAAUGUACACAUUUUAUGAGAACAUUUAGCUAUUAUGUUAUGUCUGUUCCAUGUACCAGAUGAGCACUCAGUAGGUUGUAACACUCAGUGCCUUACUAAUGUGACUGCAUUUACUGUACACACAACAUACUCAGCAGUUAUAAUGCUAGUUUUCAUGAGGGCCAAAAUCUCAGAUGCAUAAUUACAUUAGUUACUUUGUAUAGUUCUGUGACAUUGUGUUUUUCCUGAAUACAGUUUUAAUACCUAUUAAAACUAUUUCCCAAAA